AUGUCUCAUCUGAAAAGCAUCCACCCACUUAUCAUCAAGAUUCAGCAGGUCUCUGUUGAGUGCGCAACUUCUAUUGCGCGAAGUUCCAAAGGUCAUUAUAAGUUUGGCCUUAUUUUUGCCUUGUUACUAGCUAUUCCCUUAGCUCUUAUCUCCAAUAAAGCUAUGGUUUGCCAGCAAGACAUUCACGAUUCCAUCCCGGAUUGCGAUUCCGAUACCUUUACAGACUACACAACUAAAACUCCUCAAUGUACCACCAUUGGAAAUAGCAAUUCUGAGAAUAAUGAUGAUGACCGUUUUGAUACCUCAAGCUCAGUCCCUUCGCCCGGUUCGACCUAUUUGAUUCGCGCCUCCUCAUCUGGGAAACUUUUAACUUUAGACUCUGGGAACGUCGUUCUGGCUCAACCAGCGGCCAAUGGCGGAUCCAGCAUUCAUUGGAGAUGCAUCGAAGUCAAAGGCUGGCUCCAUUUCCAAAACGUCGCUUCCGGUUGUUACAUCGGUCACAAUUUCUGGGACAAUAUACUUUGUUCUGCAAGAAAUCCUGAUGGAUGGGAGAGAUUCACUGCAAGACUUAGACCAGAAGGGGGUUACUAUUUGAUGAUGACGCAUUGGGAAAGAUUAUGGAAGGUGGGGAUGCGCGAUGGGAUGUUGGCGAAGAUUGAGGAAGGUGAAUGGGGAGGCAUGGUCAGGACUGGAGAGGGAAAUUAUGAGGUGAUUGUUUGGGAGUUUGUUAAAGUCUAG